AGAUCAAUAACACUAGCUUGUUAUCAAUUCUCGUCUCGUAACACCGAGAACAUACACAUAACACGUAACUUUAGCUUGUUUACAAAGCGUAUUUAUAACAAUAAUGCAGUGUAUAAAAUAUUCGUUAAAACAAUUGUUUAUUUUUUUAUUUCUUACGAUAAUAUUAAGUGUUAUCAAUAUUAAUGGACUUGAAACCAAACAACCUCCUCAUAUAAUAUUUAUAUUAGCCGAUGAUUUGGGUUUUAAUGAUGUUGGGUUUCAUGGUUCGUCUCAAAUACCAACCCCAAACAUCGAUAUUUUAGCUUACUCAGGAAUUAUUUUAAACAAUUACUAUGUAUCUCCGAUAUGUACGCCUUCAAGAAGUGCUUUAAUGACAGGAAAACAUCCGAUCCAUUUAGGAACACAACAUGGGGUUUUAUACGGAGCCGAACCCCGAGGUUUAUCGCUUUCCGAGGCUAUAAUGCCAGAAUUUUUCCAAAAAUUAGGAUACAAAAACCGAAUAGUUGGAAAAUGGCAUUUAGGAUCAUGGAAAUUAGUUUAUACCCCAACCUUUAGAGGAUUCGAUUCGCAUUUAGGUUUUUGGACUGGUCAUCUAGAUUACAAUGAUCACACUGCGAUGGAAAAAGGAACUUGGGGUCUGGAUAUGAGAAACGGUACUAAAAUCGCUUAUAAUCUUCAUGGGGAGUAUAUAACAAGUGCAAUUACAAAGGAAUGUGUUAAAAUUAUUGAAAACCAUAACGAAAAUGAUCCAUUAUUUUUGUAUAUUCCUCAUGCUGCUGUUCAUUCAGGAAAUCCUUAUAAUCCUUUAGCUGCACCUGAUGAAACUGUUGCUGAAUUAAAUCAUAUUUUAGAUUAUAAUCGAAGAAGAUUUGCAGCUAUGAUGGUUGAAUUAGAUAAGUCAGUAGGAGAAGUAAUAACCUCUUUAAGUAAAAAGAACAUGUUACAAAAUUCGAUAAUAAUUUUUAGUACAGAUAAUGGUGGUCCUGCUGCCGGUUUUAAUUUAAACGCGGCUUCGAAUUUUCCGUUAAAAGGUGUUAAAAAUACAUUAUGGGAAGGUGGGGUUAGAGGGGCAGGAUUUUUAUGGUCCCCUCUACUUAAUAAAACGCAAAGAGUUUCCCAACAAAUGAUGCACAUAACCGAUUGGUUACCAACGUUAAUUACAGCAGCUGGUGGGGAUCGUUCUUUGUUCACAUCAGAUAUAGCAGAUUUAAAAUUAGAUGGUAAAGAUUUAUGGAAAGCUUUGUCUGAAAAUAAACCAUCACCGCGUAAUGAAAUUUUACAUAAUAUCGAUGAUGUUGAAGGAAAUUCAGCGUUGACACUUGGCGAAUGGAAAAUUAUUAAAGGUAGUACUUACAAAGGACAAUGGGAUAAUUGGUAUGGUCCAUCCGGAAGAAGUGAUGUUUACAACGUUUCGAAAGUUUUAACAUCAAAAUCUGCGGUAGCACUUGAAAAAAUUGGAAAAAUUCCUUCGCAUAAUGAAAUUUUAAAUCUAAGAAAUGAAGCUACAGUUACUUGUUCUAACGAAAAACGUGUAGAGUGUAGCCCAUUAAUUCAAGAUUGCUUGUUUAACAUUAAAAAUGAUCCAUGUGAAACAAUAAACUUAGCGGAGAAAUUCCCGUCGGUUUUAAAGGAUCUUCAAAAACGUAUUUCUGAUUGGAAUACAACAGCAGUUCCCCCAGGAAAUCUUCCCGUUGAUCCAAGAGGUGACCCUAAAUAUUUCGAAUAUGUUUGGACAAAUUUUGGAGAUCACGAAUAUCAAGUUUUAACUUCAUAAAAAAGAUUUAUUUAAAAACAAUAUAAAUUAAUUUCAAUAAAUUACAAUAAUUUUAGUCCUCAACAUCAGAUUUACGGACUCGAUUUAAGUCA